UUGCCUUCCAAUACGCGCUGUAAAUAGUUGCCUUAUAAGGGCAGCCGUUAUGAUGCGCCGUCGACGUAUGUCGUCAUCUGUUUGCAGCAGCAAUUUGCUGAAUCUGCAUGCUGCACCUCUGUAUAAGAGGCCUGUGCCUAGUAUACUGAUUCAGUGUAUGUUGGCCUACUACUAGCAGUGCGAGAUGUUGAGCGUUUUCAAUAGACCAAAGCAACUGGUGGAGCAGAAAAAUGGCGAAGACAUUGUUGUGAACUGCAAGAUGAACGAAGCUGUGUAUCUGUACAAGUGCACUCAGUGUAGAGUUAUUCUGCCAGAUCGAGCUGCCAAGUUUGUGAUGGAUAGUUGUGAAGACAUCGAUGUGCAAAUCGCUGGAGGUCUUGUUACAGGCACUGUGGAGAUCCUCAAAUGUCAACGAGCUAAGCUGGUAAUAAAAACUGGAGUAUCUAUUCCGACAUAUACACUUGAAUCAUGUCAGGACAUCGACAUUGCUCUUGAUGCUGCAGCAUCUCAAGUGGAAACCAUCUACUUCUUAAAUGCUACCAAUAUACGAGUAAUCUGCCCAUCAGCAAACCAUACAAUUUCCUUACCCGAUGGAACAGAUCCAUCACAGCAAUGUGUAGCAAACAGAACCAGCACGGGCUUCACAGUGGAACGCGUUGUUAGAGAGGGCAUCGGAUACCCCACAACUGAAGUAAAGAAAGAGGCAGCUGAAAAACGGACCAAACUCUUAAAGAAGAAGAUCCAGGAAAUGGUGGAAGAGUCAAUCCAGGUUACAACUACAGCAAAAGAUGAGAGUGCACAAGAAAGUUCUGAUACAGCAGCUGCAAAGAACUGAACGAUAAAGAAGUGGUCCGAAGAUGGUAUAAAUGUCUAAACGAAGAAACAAAGAGAAGGAACUCUACACAGACACUGACAGUAAUGGCUGCCAUGCAUACAUACAUAGGUAUACCCUUAUGUGCUAGUCUAUAAUUUUUAACGAAGUGUAUCAACUGAGUGAGCUAGAAACAUGUAUUAUUAACAGUGUA